AUGAGUGAAAUGAUUGAGACUGAAGUAUCAGCAAGUGUAGCAAAUAUCACUGAACUACCAUGGCCAACAUAUAAUAAAUAUUUUGAAGUUACAUCUACGGAUAAAAAGUUAGAUUCUAUGAUCACUGAGUUUGUAGUCCUGGGUAAUCACACAUUUUCGAUUGUUGAAGAAGAAAAAUUUAAAUACUUAAUGAAUAUGGGUUUUCCUAAAAGGAAAUGUCUAACAAGAAAAACAUUGAUGGGUAGAAUAUCUAAUAUUUCACAGGAGUUAAAAAUAGAACUUAAAGAGCAACUGAUGUCUACUGAACUUAAAUAUGUUUGUGCCACUGCUGAUUGUUGGUCUGUCUACAAAAAUGUUCAUACACAGACAUCAGAAACAAGAAAUACUGGAUCAAGAGUUGAAAACUCUGACGAUGAUGAAGAUGGUGAAGAUGACAAUGACGAUGAAAUAGAUAUGAUAGAAAUAGACGAAAUUUUAGCUAAUGGUCUUGAACAAAAUCCCGAAUAUUCACUUCCACCUCAUCAUCGCUGUGCAAGUCACACUUUGAACUUAGUUGCAACAAGAGACAGUGAAAAAUCAUUAUCUGAUGUCAUUUAUAAAAAGCAAAUGAGAUCAUCGUUUGCAAAAAUGCAAGGCUUGUGGAACAAGCAAAGCAGGACAUCUGUAGUUGCAGAUACUAUUCAUGACGCAUUAAAUGUGUAUAUAAAUGUACCAAAUACAACUCGAUGGAAUUCAACAUACAAUGCCGUCAAAUGUUUGAGUGAUCAGUUACAAAAAUCUGAAGCUAAGAUUCAACGUAUAUGUGAUGAAUCUGGUAUACCAAGAUUUGAUAAAAAUGAUCUAGCUUUCAUGAUUGAUUAUUGCAAAAUUAUGGAGCCUUUAUCGAGGGCAUUGGAUAUUCUCCAAGGAGAUAAAUAUAUGGCUAUGGGCUAUCUAAUACCAACUAUUAGUUGGCUGAAAAUGAAACUUACAGAACUAUCAUUGGCAGGUAAAUGCAAAAACUUAGCAAAAGCUUGUUUAGACGGUAUCAAUUUACGAUUCACAAGUAUGACUAAAGAAAUACCAAUUAUACUAUCAUCGGUCUCCCAUCCAAAAUUUAAAUUUAAAGGUAUGUCACUUUUUGAAAGAGAUGAAGGUAUGGAAUUCUUUAAGGCUGAAGUAGAGCAGCUACAGUCAAUUACAGGUAUUGACAAUGACAAUGUGCAACCUGCAUCCGAAGAUUAUUUUCUUUUCGAUGGUGAUGUAGAAGUAGAACAGCACAACACAGAAAUUGAUCGAUAUUUGACAACACCAUUCUCUGGAGACUUGCUAAUUUUAAAUACCACGCCAAUCAUAAAAAAUAUAUUCUUAAAAUAUAAUACCGCAUUGCCAUCAAGUGCUUCAGUAGAGCGCCUAUUUAGUGUUGCUGGUGAUAUAUGUACAAAAAAACGUGGUAAAAUAAGUGACCAAAACUUCGAAAAUUUAUUAGAGACAUGUGUAGUUUGA